AUGGAAAAGGUGGAAAGAGUCAUAAAAGAAACCAGAUAUCAAGUGAAGAUGACGACAGUGAUAUACAAAUUGAGGAGAGUUCAGACGAGCAAGAGGAGAUUAAUUACCAGCAGAAGAAAGAACAAGAAGGGCAGAUCUAAACCAUCAAAAAAGGCUAAUCGUGUUUUGGAUUCAGAAUCUGAGGAAGAUCCCCUACCUAAAGAAAAGCCAGCAGCAAAGAGAAAGAAAAAGGAAGCGCUUGUCUUUGUCAAUGAUUCAGAUGGAGAGAAGACAGAGACGGCGCUGGACAAGUUUGUCAUUCACAACGUUAGCCCACAGCUGCAGGCAGACAAGAAUAAAACUUCUAACAAAGAAGAGGUUACCAAAGGGAAGCCAGUCAGUGUGAUGGACUUUUUUGGUAGUGGCACAGCAGCUAGAAGCCACAGAACAACGGCUGUUGUGAAAAGGAAACAUGAAGAGCUUGACAAGUCUGCAGAAAUAGAUUUAACAUUUGAUGAGGAAGAACAUGAUGAUGAUGCUUUCUUGAAAACCCUGGAUCAGUUGGAUGGACCAACAAUUAAAAAGGUCAAACAGUCGGAAGACGGUCAGGAGAAUGUAGAGCCUGUACAGGAGAAGACUGGAAGUCUAGCCAGUAAACUUGUCAGCAAGAUGAAACAGUCACCCGUGGGCAGCCCUGACAUCAAUGGAAAUGCCAAAAAGGACGAGACAUCGCCAGCUGCAAAAAACACAAAGAGUCUGAUCAAGGAUGUCACUCUAGCAAAACCUCUGACAAAAUCACCCCCAAAAUCUCCAGCAAAGAAAGGGCGUAUUUAUUCCAUGGAAGUGACAAAAGCCAAGCCAGUCUCUCCGACCAAAUCCAAACAGGAUGAUCUGGAGGAGGUAACUCCGGCAAAGAAAGCUGCGACCACUCCGGCUGACAAGGGAUCUUCAUCCAAGAGAAAAGAUACAGCCGGGAAAAAUGAUGAUGAUGGUUUCGGAACAAAGGCUAUAGGUGGCUACAAAGCUUUCAAGGCUAGAGGGGGACCACAGGCCCUGGGUACUAGAGAACCUCCUCAGGGAGCGGAAAACUGCCUGGAAGGUCUAACAUUUGUCAUUACGGGAGUUUUGGACACUAUGGAGAGGGACGAUGCCAAGGCUGUCAUCGAGAAGCAUGGGGGAAAGGUGACGACCAGCCUUAGUCGUAAAACCAGCUACAUGGUAGUCGGCAGAGACGCAGGGGAGAGCAAACUGUCAAAGGCUCGGGACCUGAAAGUGAAGCAGCUAAGUGAAGAUGAACUCUACGACCUGAUAGCAACACUGCCUGGCAAGACUUCCAAAUACGAGACCCAAGCCAAGGAGCUGCUGCAAAAGGAAGCUUCGCAGAAGAAGGCUGAUGAGAAGAAGGCAGCAGCAGCAGCUCAGAAACUUCAGUCAUUCCGUUCUGAGAAAGAUAUAAAACUCUCACAGGCCCCAUCUACUUCCCCUAAAAAGGAAACUUUGUUUACCCAGAUCAAAGAUUCUUCUACGUGUGCAACCUUGAAACAUUCCACCGCUGCAUCCAAACAAUCAGAGACAUCAUGUGAUAAAAGUGUUAAAACAGAGGCCCAGUCAGAAACAUCAUCUGAUACCCCUGUGAAAACAGAGGUCCAAUCAGAAAGCUUGAUGUGGGUGGACAAACACAAACCCAAGAAUCUCAAGCAGGUCAUUGGUCAGCAGGGGGAUAAAAGCAAUGCCAGGAAGCUCCUUCAUUGGCUGCAAACUUGGCAUGAGAAUGUGCUGGUGAAACGGUUGAAGCCUUCAGGGAAUUUUUUUGGACGAGGAGAUGGAGCUGGAUGUAGGGCGGCACUGUUGUCCGGACCUCCUGGCAUCGGCAAAACGACAACAGCAACUCUUGUUUGCCAGGAAGCAGGGUUUUCGUAUGUGGAGCUGAAUGCCUCAGACACUCGCAGCAAAAGAAGCCUGAAGGAGGUGGUCUCCGAGUCCCUGAACAACCAGACUCUGGUGGACUACAUGGGAGACCACAAAGGUCCACCCUCAGGCCAGAAACACUGUCUUAUCAUGGACGAGGUGGACGGGAUGGCUGGAAAUGAAGACCGCGGUGGGCUGCAGGAACUUGUUCAGCUGAUCAAGACAACAAAAAUCCCCAUCGUCUGCAUCUGUAACGAUCGCAACUCCAUGAAGAUGCGAACCUUGUCCAACUAUUGCUUGGACUUGAGAUUCCAGCGACCCCGUGUGGAGCAAAUCAAGGGAGCCAUGAUGUCCAUUGCCUUCAGGGAGGGAAUCAAGAUACCGCCAGCAGCUUUGAAUGAGAUCAUUGCAGCAUCAAACCAUGACAUCAGACAGAUUAUUCACAACCUCUCUAUGUGGAGCGCAGGAUGCAAGAGCUUGACAUUUGAACAGGUCACAAAAGAUGCACAGAAGGCUCAGAAGGAUGUUAAAUUGGGCCCCUUUGACGUCUGCCGUAAAGUGUUUGUUAAUGAUGAAGAGACGAGGAAGAUGAGCCUCAACGACAAAUCAGAUUUGUUCUUCCAUGACUACAGUUUUGGACCUUUGUUUGUCCACGAGAAUUACCCCCACGUCAUCCCAAAUCGGGCACAGGGAAAGCAGACUCGUCACAUGCAGUGCCUGUCACAGACGAUAGAUAGCAUCUGUGACGGAGAUUUGGUGGACAAAAUCAUUCGGAAGGAUGGCCACUGGAGCUUGUUGCCCACUCAGGCCAUGUACUCCAGCGUUAUCCCAGGAGAGAUCAUGCGAGGCAGCUUCCCACACAUGGCCGAGUUCCCUCAGUGGCUGGGCAAGUUCUCCUCCACCAACAAGACGCACAGGAUCUUGCAGGAGCUGGGAACGCACAUGAGGCUGCAAAUCUCGAGUGAUAAACGGGGUCUGGCCCUGGACUACCUUCCAGCCCUGCGAUCUUGUUUGACCUUGCCUUUGAUCACCAAGGGUGCCGAUGGGGUCCCAGAGGUCAUUGAGAUCAUGGAUACUUAUGACAUCAUCAAGGAGGACUUUGACAACAUCUUAGAGGUGACCAAGUAUCCAAAUAGUGUGGACCCCAUGUCUAAACUUGACACAAAGACGAAAGCGGCAUUUACCAGACAGUAUAACAAGGAGAGUCACAUGACCCCGUAUGCCACAGGGGUGCUCAGCAAGAAGAGAAGAGGAAAGGCAGCACCGAUGGAUGAGAGUGACCUGCCCCUAGAGGAGGGUGAGGAAAGCGUGGCUGCUGGUGGGGACAGCGAAGGAGAGGAAGAAAGCAUUGAGGCAGAUACCAUGAUUAAGGCAAAAAAGCCACCAGCAUCAGGUAAAAACAAAGGUGGAUCGCAGCAGCCAGGCACCAGCAGAAGCAAGGGGAAGGCGGGAAAA